AUGGUUAAUCCAGAAUGGGCGGAGACUUCCGUUAAAUCGACGACCCGCGUAGGAAAAGAUGAACAAACAAGUCAUUUCCCAAGGAAUUUAUUUUUACUAUUAGCAGCGAAAAUUUUUCAUUUCUAUAAGGAGUUAUUCUCGCAUGGGAUGUAUUGUGAACGGAACAUUCAUGAAACUAGACUUUGCUUUAACACAUGCACGCCGUCAUUUGGUAGAAGGCACACAUUGUUCCAGGAAGAUGAUUCGACGGGAAGCCCAACCGAUGUCGCGUCCUCGACGUAG